AUGUCAGAGGCCGUUGCGGACGAGUCGAAAAUCUUUAGGCUGAAGGGAGAGACGCAGCUAAAGCUGAGCACUGCCGAGGAUGCUGCCCCUUACGUUGCUCAGAUCGAGGCCAUCGACGAUCUGCAAGAAGUUCAUUUCGGAGGCAACUCGCUCGGCACUGCAGCUUGCGUGGCUUUCGCAGAGGCCUUGAAGAAGAAGACGACGCUGAGGGUGAGCAUCGAGGCGCGACGUGGUGUUUCAUACUGGAACAUGAGAUCUGCACACCUGCUGAUGAGCGCCGUCGCCCCUGCAGGUCGCGGACUUCGCCGACAUCUUCACAGGUCGAUUGAUCGACGAGAUUCCCGACGCACUUCGAGCUCUGUGCAAUGCGCUGCUUCACCACGAACAUCUGGACGAGCUUGACUUGUCCGACAACGCGUUUGGUGGCAGAAGCGCAGAGCCAAUGGUAGAGCUGCUCAGCAAUAACCACUCCAUCAAAGUACUCAAGCUGAACAACAAUGGCCUGGGCAUCGAUGGAGGUUGUAUCGUAUCGGGCGCUUUGACGGUUGCAGCCAAGAAGCUCGCAGACUCUGGCACACAAUCACAGUUGCACACUGUCAUUUGCGGAAGAAACCGCUUAGAGAAUGGGUCGGCGCCGCAAUGGGCGGAGGCCUUUGCUGCUCACAAGACGCUCAGAGUGGUGCGCAUGUACCAGAACGGUAUCCGCAUGGAAGGCAUCCAGGCCAUCGUAGCUGGACUGCGAGAAUGCAAAGACUUGGAAUGGCUGGAUCUCUGUGAUAACACCGCCACCCUGAAGGGAUCAAUAGCCAUCGCUACCAGCCUGCCAAGCUGGCCAAAAUUGCAAACCCUUGACCUGACCGACUGCCUGUUGCGUCCCCGAGGCGGUGUUUUGGUCGCCAAUGCCCUUGCCAAGGGUCACAACACAGAGCUCAAGAAGCUUCAGUUGGGAUUCUGCGAGCUGGACAGCAAAGCCCUUAGCGCGCUGGCAAAGGCUAUCACCCUCCAACUUUCAAACCUCACCGAGCUCGAAAUCAACGGCAACUUUGCUGACGAAGAGGACGACUGCAUCGAGGCCAUCAAAUCAGCUCUGGAGGAGCACGGGCAUCUGAAUGGCCUCGAUGAUUUAGAUGAUCUGUAAGUGGGUGAGCAGGAUGGCUACAUGCCGGUGUACUAGCUUACAUUUCCAUCUGCAUGCUAUGAUUCGCAGUGAUCCCGAAGGCGAGAUCGACGACUCCGAAGAUGAGGCUAGCGACGAGGAGAGCGGCGAAACUGAGGAAGAAGAGACAGGGGCAGUGGCAGCCGGCGUGCCCACAGCAGAUCAAGAUACGGUGAGCAGACGCAAAGUGCUACUGCGCGCCUGCCCAGCCAUGCCUGACACGGUCGUAACGUUUACUGCAGAGCAAGGUCCCCAGCAUCACCAACGAUCCCGCCAAGGCCGCUGCGGCUGCCGUCGCCGCACCUGCUGCAACCGCUGCCGUGGCUGGAACAGGUAUCGCCCGAGCGGUCGACAAUCUGGUACGCCCCGCAGAAGAAGAAACUUCUGAAUCGCCCGAGCAGCCAAAAGGCGGAGAGGCUGAGCAGUCCACCGCCGCUUUCGAGCCAAUCACUGACGCAACGCAGCCUGAAAGCACAGCAACAGUUCAGGACGUUCAGAAACCGGAAGCCGAGCCCUCGUCAAGUGCUGCAGAUCCGCAAGUUCCAGCGCUCGUAGCUGUUGCCGAGCCGGAAGCUCAAGACCAGGCCGAGACCAUAGAAGAGGCAGCAGAGGCAAAGGGUCCUCAGACCGCUUUGCACGUAGCGCAGCAGGAUCAAGCUUCACAAUCAGAAGACGCUGGCCCCACCCAAACCACCGAAUCUCAAGCGAAUGAAGUGUCUGAAAAACUUGCUACCCUGGAGCUAGGUGACGCAAGCGCUGCGUCGACCGAAGCCGAGCCACAGCACAUCUCGCAAGGACUUGCGCAGGACGUCGAAGACCCAGCCGAGGCAGCUGCAACCACACAGACGGCCUCUGAGGACGCUGAGGCAGUCGGAGACGCACCAAAAUCUGGUAUUGCCGUGGACACUGCGGCCGAGGUGGCUGAGACUGUCGAAGCAGCGCCUCAGGGCAAAGUUGCAGCUGAGACUGUCGCGCAGGUUGCCGAGGCUGCAGAUGAAGCGCCAGAGCCGCAAGUGGCUGCGGAGACAGCUGCUGAGGUCGCUGAGGCUGCAGAUGAAGCGCCAGAGCCACAAGUGGCUGCGGACACAGCUGCCGAGGUUGCUGAGGCUGCAGAUGAAGCGCCAGAGCCACAAGUGGCUGCGGAGACAGCUGCCGAGGUAGCUGAGAGCGCACAGGAAGUUCCUGAGUCCAAAGUGGCUGCGGAAAACGCUUCUGAAGUCGCAGAUUCGGCUCAGGACGCCUUGCAACCGGCGCGAGAAGAAGCAAUUGCUUCGGUCACUGCUGAUACAUCCAACGACGCCGCCAUCAGCUCACAGGAAGCACACAAGCCUCAAUCGGACGAUGUCGGUGUCACAGCUGCCAAGGUCGCAGCUCUCUCCCUUGGCGCCGUUGGUGCUACGCAGGCUGCCUCUUCAUUGGCAGAACACGCAGAAUCGCAGUCUACCGAGCUUGAGAACGCGAGUGAGGCAGAGGCUCCAGUCAUUGCGGCUUCUGGACAGGCUCGAGGCAAUCAGCGAAGACUCUCAGGAGGACAGGACCUGCCAACGGGAGACAUUGUCCCUUCAUCGCAACAAGGAGUAGCUGCUGCGGCCACUCUGAACUCUGCGUCACACGCAGAGGUCGCUUCUCAGGUCGCAGAGCAAAGUGCCGAGCCUACGCAUGCUGCUGAUGAUGCCCAGGCCGAAGAGGCAUCCACAGCUCGAGAUGAAGACAGAGCUGUGCUGGCGACGGCAGCGGAACCAAUCACGAUUGUAGCUCCUCCUAUCAAGGCGACCGCGGAGCGAGACGGGGGGUCUAGCCUUUCGCCUUCUGUCAGCGCUGCGAUCACUGCGGCCGCCACGGCAAAUGCUGCAGUGAGCCCACCAGCGGCACGCACGGCAGAUCUAGCAGCGGAGAGUUCCACAGCCCCCGUCGCUCUGGAGGCGCCUUCCUCCUCGGCACCCAGCAUCGAUGUCACCACGGCAGCCGACGAGGCACCCUCCUCGCCCGCAAUGCCCGUACCCGUCGCAGCCACCAGCGGGGCGUUUGGUGCUGGCAUCGGCGGAGCAGCCAACGUGUACUCGCAGCUAAAUGGAGAGGGCUCUGGAGCGACAGCAAGCGCUGAUCUUUCGGUCGAAGCCUCGCCCGCACUCACACCUGUCUCUGAUGUUGGUCAACUCGAAUUGAGGCAAGAGAGGGCACAAGAAUCGCUCGGCAAGCAGGGAGGACACGCAAAGUGAGUGCAUCCACUGGACAACUCCCAACCAUCUCUGCUCGCGAUGUGUGUUUUCGGAUUCUAACCCUUGCUCCUCCACAUUCUUUGAGGAAAUCAUCUGUCGACCUGAGUGGAGAAUUGUUCACAGGCUCAGACUACAACGCGCAAGCUAAAGGCACCUCAUCGAGCGCCAGCGGUGCGAACCAGUCUGCGGAUGCAGCCGCUCCCCGCAAGAGCCGUUUCAGAGCUGCCAUGGGCGCGAUUCGCGAACUGCUACGCUAG